UGAACUUCUUCCUCCUCCCGGUUUGUUUCAUCAGCCACGAGUUUCCACAUCCAUCCGACAGAAGAGUUUCUCUCCGGUGCUUCAGAAAGAUGGGGGACCCUGUAACCGAGUACACAGCCCGACUGCAACAACAGGAGCGGGACAUCCGGAGUCUCUCUGCAGAGAUUGAGAGUCUAAAAAACCCACAAAAUCUGAAUCCAUCUCCACGUCUAGACGAGCUGCGGGACGAAAACGCCAAACUGAAGUACCGCCUCAAUGUCUUGAAGAGGAGCCUGCAGGAGGAGAGGGCGACUCACUGCGGUAAAUCCAUGACCAACAUCAACGAGCGUCUACAGGAAAUUUUCGGCGAGGCUAUCCGGGCUGCCUGCCCCGAGCUGGACAACCCUCCGCUGUCUGUCGCGCCCAACCAGCAGGCCAAGUUUGGAGACUACCAGUGUAACAGUGCCAUGGCCAUGGCCCAGAUGCUGAAGUCAAAGGGAAUGAAAAUCAACCCGAGGGAAAUCGCAGAGAAGAUCAUCCAGAAUCUUCCGGAAAACGAACUCAUCCUGAAAACUGAAAUUGCAGGACCAGGUUUCAUCAACAUCCAUCUCAAGAAGAUGUUUGUGUCUAAACUGUUGAGCAACCUGCUGGUCAACGGCGUGCAGCCUCCACCGCUGGCCUCCAAGAAGAAGGUGGUGGUGGAUUUCUCCUCUCCUAACAUCGCCAAAGAGAUGCAUGUGGGCCACCUGCGCUCCACCAUCAUCGGGGAAAGCAUGUGUCGGCUGUUUGAGUUUCUGGGCUACGACGUUCUCAGGUUGAACCAUGUGGGAGACUGGGGGACCCAGUUUGGGAUGCUGAUUGCCCACCUCCAGGAUAAAUUCCCAGACUACCUAACUUCCUCCCCGCCCAUUUCUGACCUGCAGGCCUUCUAUAAAGAGUCUAAGAAGCGCUUUGACGACGAGGAGGACUUUAAGAAGCGAGCGUAUCAGUGUGUCGUCAGACUGCAGAGCAAAGAGCCCGACUUCAUUAAAGCCUGGAACCUCAUCUGUGAUGUUUCCAGGAAAGAGUUCCAAAGGGUUUACGACUGCCUGGACAUCAAGAUUAUCGAGAGAGGAGAGUCGUACUACCAGGAGAUGAUGACAAGGGUGGUGAAAGAGUUUGAGGAGAAAGGUUUGGUGGAGCUUGACGAGGGUAGAAAGAUCGUCUUCGCCCCCGGUCAGCAAAUCCCCCUAACCAUCGUCAAGUCGGACGGCGGGUACACCUACGACACGUCGGACCUCGCAGCACUGCACAAUCGUCUCUUUGAUGAAAAGGCUGACAUGAUCAUCUAUGUCACAGACAGCGGACAGGCCACACACUUCCAGGUGGUGUUUGCUGCGGCUCAGAUGAUUGGCUGGUACAACCCUCAGGUGACCCGGGUGGAGCAUGCAGGCUUUGGAGUGGUGCUGGGGGAAGACAAGAAGAAGUUUAAAACCCGGUCUGGAGACACGGUGAGGCUGAUAGACCUGCUGGAGGAGGGACUGAAGAGGUCUAUGGACAAACUGAAGGAGAAGGAGAGAGACAAGGUCCUGACCCCAGAGGAGCUGACCAAAGCCCAGAGGUCCGUCGCUUUCGGCUGCAUUAAAUACGCCGACCUCUCCCACAACCGCAUCAACGACUACGUCUUCUCAUUUGACAAAAUGCUGGAUGACCGGGGCAACACGGCGGCGUACCUCCUCUACGCUUUCACUCGCAUCAGGUCCAUAGCUCGUCUGGCUAACAUUGAUGAGGCCACACUGAGGAAAGCAGCAGAAACCACGGAGGUCGUCCUGGACCACGAAAAGGAGUGGAAGCUAGGGAAGUGCAUCCUCCGUUUCCCAGAGAUCCUGCAGAAGAUCCUGGACGACCUGCUGCUUCACACGCUCUGCGACUACCUGUACGAGCUCGCCACCACCUUCACCGAGUUCUACGACAGCUGUUACUGCGUGGAGAAGGACAGAAAGACGGGUGAGGUGGUGAAGGUCAACAUGUGGAGGAUGCUGCUCUGUGACGCCACUGCAGCCAUCAUGGCCAAAUGCUUUGACAUUCUGGGCAUCAACCCCGUCGGGAGGAUGUGAUGUCACAGUGAUCCACCCUGUUUCCUCUGCAUCCUGGUUUGCCAGAAUCCUGAAGGAGAAUUAGAGGAGAAGUGACGAGAUGACAAUAAACGGUUAUCGGUCUCUUUCACUCACAUCACAGCCAAAACUCACUGGACUUAAGAAUGAAUUUCCACAAAGUUAUUAUAUCCAUCCUGGGAGGGAAAAUACUUAUGUUAAGUCCAUUAAUUAACAUCUCAUGUAAAGGAUCUUUUUUUAUUAAAGAACCGAUGUGAAACCAAAA